UCCAGCUGGAAACACGUUAUAUUCGGUUGGCCAGAAUAUGCGGAUGCUAUAGGCAUUUUUCCAAUUUCACAGGGGGAGAAAAUUAAAAUUCCUUGUUUAAGUUUUUUGCUCGCCUUUAAAUGGGAGAGAAGAAAGAGAGCGGGAACACGUACAGCUCCUCCUUAUUGCUUUCGUCCUCUACUUGAGCGCCCCCACAACUACUCCAUUCCCAUUCCUCUCUCUUUUUCUCUCUUUGAGAUCUGUGCUGUUCUUCUUCUUCUUCGUCUCCGGCGAGGCUUUGCUCUUUGCUCCGAUCCUUUUGCAGUAAUGGCUCCACCCAUUGAGUCUACUCAAACAGUUACUGAGAUUCCCCAAAAAGUUGCUGAAAUUCCUAAGAAAGUUGCUGAAGUUCCUAAGAAAGUUACCGAGACUCCCCACAAGGGUAGCAACCAUUAUUCCUCACAUCCUCCUCUUAAUGAGAGGAUACUUUCUUCCAUGACCAGGAGGUCUAUAGCUGCACACCCUUGGCAUGAUCUUGAAAUAGGACCUGAUACUCCAAAGAUCUUUAACUGUGUUAUAGAAAUUGGAAAAGGAAGCAAGGUGAAAUAUGAACUUGACAAAAAAACUGGACUUAUCAAGGUUGACCGUAUACUGUACUCAUCUGUUGUCUACCCUCACAACUAUGGCUUCAUCCCCCGUACGCUUUGUGAGGACAAUGACCCCUUGGAUGUCUUGAUUAUUAUGCAGGAGCCAGUUCUUCCUGGAUGCUUUCUUCGGGCUAAAGCUAUUGGCCUGAUGCCCAUGAUUGAUCAGGGUGAGAAAGAUGACAAGAUCAUUGCUGUUUGUGCUGAUGAUCCUGAAUACCGUCACUACAAUGACAUCAAGGAGCUGCCACCACAUCGUUUGGCUGAGAUCCGUCGCUUCUUUGAGGACUACAAGAAAAAUGAGAACAAGGAGGUUUUAGUUGAUGACUUCCUCCCUGCAUCUGCUGCCUUUGAAAGUAUCCAGCAGUCCAUGGAUCUUUAUGCGGACUACAUUGUGGAGAGCCUCAGGCGGUAGUUGUUCGUGCGAGCAAUGAAUCUCGGUGCUAUCCUAUUAUAGACAGAUAAUAUAUGUUCUUAUCUUUGUAAUGAUGAUGAUGAUGAUGAAAAUAACUCUACAAAUUCGUCGUUUUGGCAUACAUACAUUGUGAGACAAUGUACAUGCUUAUACGACUUCUAGAUGGAAAUUUUCUUAUAUGACAAGUAUCAAGUCUUGUAUACAGUGAUGAAUGUUGAAAAGCGUACAUCGGUGUCCCAAUUUUUUUGUAUUUAGCCUAUCAUGGGUUUCAGACAAUUAUCUUUGAUUUGUGUUAUGGUUAUCCCUUCAUGAAUGUAUUCUUUAUAAAUGUAUUCUUUUAUAUGUUCGAUGUAA